UCGCUCCUGGAGGAGGAGGUGGAGAUUUUCGGGGAUGUUUGCUCACCUUUUGCCACCCGUUUUCCCAAAGCUCAACUCAUCAUCCCUCCAAAUAAAGUCUCUUGGUUGCGAUUUGAACAAAACCUUUGUGAUCUGAACCCGUUUCCCAUCUCUGCGGUUCUGAGGAGGGGUCCGGGCUCCGCAUCGCAUUCCCAAACAAAACAAAAAACCCAACCCGAAAACGGAAGCAAGCAAAGCAUGUUUUUUGGGGCGGGUAUGCAAAUCCCUCGCUCGUGGGCACUGAUGCACGAUGGCUGUUUCGCUGAUGAGCCCACAGCACCAAUUCCCCUCCCGGGAGGAACCGAAACCUCAGGGCCAAACCCUGAAAUGGGGAGAGCUGGAGGCGGUGCGGGGUCGGGGCUGCGCCUGCGCGAGGAGCGGAGAACCAAAAAGUUGUAGCAUGGUUUAGGUUGGAAGAACCUUCCAUGGCCCUACAGGAGACUUACGGCAACUGGUUGGGUCCCCCUCCGGUCCCCGCCAAGCGGCCGGUGAAACAAACAGGAAUUUACUCUGCUGCUAGAAAAAUGACACCCAUGAAUGACUUCAGGCCGGCAUCUCCAGACAGCUUUGCUGAUGAGGAUGACUACGAUGACGUGUCGGUGUCGGGGUCGGAUCGUGGCUACAAACCACCCACGUCCAGCAGAGAUCUGCAGAGCCAGAAGGAAAAAGGAGGCACAGGUGUCUACAUCCUGGCGGGGAAACCACCAUCAUCAAACCCUUCUCCAAUGGGGAACCCCAAGCCCAGCAGUGGAGGUGGGUGGCCAUCGACGACCAUCCUCUACGUUUUGGUGGCCCUGAGCUUCGUGGUGUGGGUGCUGCUCCUGGCUCUGGCUGUGGUGAAACAGAUGGAAAUCAUGGCGGAGUUGGAGCUCUUGAGGUCAAACUACUCCGAGACCCAAAUUCACAUGCUUCAGGAGGUGUCGGAAUCCCGUCGGGAGCAGAUGUGGCUGCGGAGCGGGAUGCGAGGUUACUACAGAGAGCUGCAGGACCUGGCAGCGCAGAUGUGCAAAGUGAUCCCGGAUAAGAAGUGCUUGGCUGGUUGGAAGGCUUUCAAGGGCAGCUGCUAUUCCUUCUCCACCGAGAGGAUGAGCUGGAGGGAAGCAAAGGAGAUCUGUGAUGACCAAGGUGCUCACCUGGUCAUCAUCAACUCGGGUGGGGAGCAGGGCUUCCUGAAGAACAGCAUUAACAGCAGCAACAUGUACUGGCUGGGUGUGACAGAUGAGCAGCAGGAAGGCACGUGGCUCUGGAUAAACGGCGACGCUGUCAGCACCAGGUACAGAUCCCACACCUGGGUUCCCCAAAAGCAUCCCAAAAAGUUGGGGAAAAAAGGUCAAUUUGAGCCACCGAAAUGGGUUCUUCGG